GAGAAGAGAAAGGGUCCCAUGAUCUCUGCCGGUGAUGCCGAGUUCCCGCGGGAUUACCACACCAUGGCCGCCAGCGGUGGCGGCCGCGGGGCCCGGCGGUUCCCCGACAACACCAACGGGGGGUUCACAUCAUCCUCACUGGACCGCCGGCACAACUCCGUGGCCGCCAAGAGCCUGGAGGCCUUAAACAGCAUCCACAAGGCCGACAUCGAGCGCCAACGGGACGCGCUCAUGGAUCUCCAGAAAAACAAAUACUCCAACAGCCCCGGCAGCAUGUCGCAAGGGUCCGCUGCUGUUGGAAGACAGCAACAACCAAACUACUGGAGCUUCAAGACUCGUACACCACGUGUGACACGACUCAGCCCAACACAGCCGGCUCUUGCUGACCAGGCCAGCAGGGUAUCCUUUGCAUCAGCUGAAAAUCUGGAGACCAUGUCCGAGCCUGAUAUCCCCAUCGGCUUUAACCGGAUGAACCGGCUUCGCCAGAGUCUGCCCCUGGCCCGUUCCUCCAGCCAGGCCAAACUGCGGGCGCCAGGGAUCCUGUUCCUCCAGCUUGGGGAGGAGACUCGCAGGGUGCACCUGACCCACGAGCUCACCAGCCUGGAUACUCUGAGGGCCCUCAUUGUGCACAUGUUCCCCCAGAGGCUCACCAUGGCCAUGCUCAGGUCACCCAGCACGGCUCUGCUGAUCAAAGAUGAGACACGUAACGUCUUCUAUGAGCUGGAGGACCCACGAGACGUUCAGGACCGCUGCGUAAUUAAGAUUUACUGCAAAGAGCCCGUCUACGGCACCUACCCCGGACACCACAACCCACACCUGGCUAAUGGAGACCUGCGGAGGGAGAUGGUGUACGCACCUCAGGACUCACCUAACCGCCGCCUCAGCAACCCCCCCAUGUCUUCCCAGCAUUCAUCCUCCUCUGCCUCGCCUCCCCAAGGCUCACCGUCCCGCGCCCGCCUCCUCUACAGCGGCGGCAGGCCUUCCUCUUAUGCCGGGCCGCCCCACCACACCCACUCCCUGCCGCACCCGCACUCCCAGUCCCACCACUCCUCUCCCCACCAGCAACCACAGCUCCACCAGCCCCCUCACAACCAGUCGGCCUUCUGCGCCUCCUCCAGCGCCAUCCUGGAGCGCAGGGAUGUGAAGCCCGACGAUGAAGUGGGGGGAUCAAGGAGCAUGGUGCUGUUGCGGGGAGACGACCGUGGGGGAGGGGGGAUCUACGCGGACCCUUACUCUCUGGGUCCCGAGGCGAGUCGGCUGAGUCUCGCAGGAGGGCCUCACUCCCCUCUUCCUGCCAGAGCAGACCCUUACGGCUCCUUAUACCGCCGUGGAGGGGGAGGUGGAGGAGGAGGAGGAGCUGGGUCGGUGCGUUCACUCACUUCCUAUUCAGCAGCUGCUUUACAAGGAGAGCUGAUUGAAAGUGGUGCUCUCUACAGACCAGGAGGACAGCUCUAUAACGACGCCUACGCUGCGUCUAUGUUGGCCAUGGGGCUCCGGGUGCCACCGCCCUCCUCCCCACAAAAAAUACCCGAUAUGAGGGAUUCCUACGGGGGCACCAUGCCCGGUCGGGGCUCCCCUGGGAGGCAGAGUUUGAGAAGGGACUCUGUGACCUCCUCUGUGUUUGGGGAUAGUCCCAAAGCCAGAGGUCAGGGCUCAGGGUUGGGUCUCACCUCAGAGCAGCUGUGCUUGAUGGCCGGGCCUGGAGGGGAGGGAGGGAGCGCUGGGGGCUUCGGAUCACCUCUGCUGGGCAACGAGACGGAGACCAGGGAGCGUAUGGAGGCUAUGGAGAAGCAGAUAGCCAGCCUGACCGGGCUGCUGCAGAGAGUUCUGAGCAGAGCGCCUGAGGCAGAAAGCCCGGAGAAGAUUGAGUCAGCCAGCGACUGCUCUGCAACUGACACUGGACGAACUAAUAAAAAGAAAGCUUUGACACCGUCUGCUCCCUUGGCCCUGAUGCCACCUCCACCCUCAGGGGGCAAUCAGCCGGUGAUGGUGUCCAGACUGCAGAUGCAGCUCCACCUACAAGGCCUGCAGCAAAACACCAACGCUCUGCGCAAACAGCUCUCACAGCUGCGCAACAUGCAGCUGGAGAACCAGGACUCAGUCCUGUCCCUGCUGAGGCAGACGGAGUCAGAGCUGAGCCUCAUGAUGCUGGACGCCAUGCGCACCCAGGAGGACCCGCUCCAGAGACAGCGCCUCCUAGUGGAGGAGGAGAGACUCAAGUACCUCAACCAGGAGGAGCUGCUCAUCCAACAGCUGCACGACCUGGAGAAGUCUGUGGAGGAGCUGCAGAGGAACUCUUCGGUCAACCACGGCCUGGUGACCGAGCAGGAUGUGGAGCAGAAGAGCAAAGAGUUGAGGAUGCUGGGUGAGACGCUCACCGAGCUCAAAAACCAGUUCCCCAGCCUGCAGAGUAAAAUGCGAGUGGUGCUGAGGGUGGAGGUGGAGGCUGUUAAGUUCCUGAAAGAGGAGCCUCACCGCCUGGAUGCCCUGCUGAAGCGCUGCAACACCAUGACUGAUGCGCUCAGCACGCUACGCAGUCUUUUGUAUCCCUCCUACAUGUACAGACAAGUCACCGAGGGCAUGUGGAAAGGCCCUGAAGAUGUCUCCAGCCAACAGCAGAAGAGAGCGGAGGACCUGAGCCGCAGCUCUGACCUAGAUAUCCUGAACAGCCCUCCUCUCAGUCUCACCGACCUGAGCACCAGCGCCGGCCUGGCCAACUGGAUGCCCGUGUCCGCCGGUGACACGGAUGCUUCGGGCCCCGAGCAGGACAUCCAGUCUUCGAUGACCUUCAGAAACCGGGUUCUCGAUGAUCUGCCGAGCCGACGUCCUGGCGAUAAAUCUGUGUCGGCCGAAGUCAGACUGGCAGCAGAGCGGGACUGGGAAGAGAAGCGUGCCAGCUUGACCCAGUUCAGCGCCCAGGACAUCAAUCGCUUGUUGGAAGAGACCCAGGCUGAGCUGAUGAAGGCCAUCCCGGACCUCGACUUUGCUGCCAGGCACAUCAACAAACCGGCAGUGCCCCCGAAGCCCCACAUCACCAUCCCAAUAACCUCCACCACGGUCUCUUCUCCUGCAGCUGGGAGCACCGGGACCACAGCCACCACCACCACACCCAGCGGGGACCAGCAGCCCGGCAAAGUGCAGCUGGCUGCCCAGAAGCUCAACAGCAUGGAGGGGGGCGGCUCACAUCGAGGGUCUGUUGACCUCAAUGUAGCUAGAUACCGCACAGAAAAGCCCUCCAAGUCUCCGCCUCCACCUCCACCUCGCCGCAGCUUCCCGUCGGUACACGGCCUCACCACCAACCGCACCGGUGAUGUCAUCGUCACCAACAAGAAUCUGAAGCUGGAAGAAGAUGGUGACAUGCCUAAAACUCUUGUAAAGCUUAGACGGACCGCCUCUGACACCCCUCGACCCGCCUCGACCCCGCCUGUGAUCGCAGCAUCGGCCAUUCAAGACGAGGACGAUGAAGAGAGGAUUAUCGCUGAGCUCGAGAUAUUUCAGAGAGCACCUGUAAAAGAUUCCCCUUGUAAUAAACCGUACAGCACCCUACCAAAGGCCACACCCACUCCUCCAUGCACCUUUGGGUCGUUGGGCAGACAGAAUAGCAGUAACUCUCCAGGGCCGACGAAGGGUCCCACAGUGGCAGCCAGGCUCAAACACCUUCAACAGGGCAGCCUGGAGAGGCCCAAAACCCGCAAACAGAAAGAGGAUUUCCCCAAAGUCCAGGGCCAGCAGCAGGUAUUCCACUUCUAAAAACCUCCACCUCUGAUGCUUCGUCUGACUCUCCUCCUCUCUGCUGUCACU